AAAAGCGCGACGGGACCUGAGCUGAAGGACAGGGUCUCAAGCCUCAAGUCGCGGCGCCAUCCCGCUGUGUCUGUGUCCUCCCCUGGGACCCAGAACCUCCACUCUCCGUCUAGGGUCGCUGGCUCGAGGCCAGGGAGCUCGCGCGCCGCCUCCGCCCCGAACGCAAACAGCUGUUCCCAGAGACGUCGCCGCUCUCAACUUUGCCAACUAGUCCUCACGCACUUUGACCGGCGGAGCAACUGGGACCUGUGGGUCGGGGUCCUCUGGCGGAGUUAAAAAAAAAAAAAAAAAGAGGUGAAACAGCGGGGUCCGGGACUGCGAGUCGCUAGGCUUCGCCUCAAACUUUGCUGCCCUGGCGGAGCGCCCGCUCCUUCUCUCCUCUCCCUUCCCCUUCCCCGCGAGGUUCGCGCGCUCGGUCGGAGCUGGUUCCCUAACUCGCCAGCGCGUGGAUAGCAGCGGCGGGAGCGGCGGCGGCGGCUCCAGUGGCGCAGAGGCGGCGGUGGGAAGCGGCGGUGUCGAGCGGAGCGGCGAAGACGACAGAGGCGCUUACGCUUGUCAGGCCAAGAAGCUUGAGAGAAGAAACAUUUCAGAAAAAUUGUCUGAAUUUGACUAGAAUAUCAAUGAACCAAGAAAACUGAAGCACCUUCCCUAAAGAAAACUUGAGUAUACAGUAACUUCACAGACAGAGCUGAGGGUUUUUACCCAAAUUGGUCACUGGAUUUUGCUGCCUGAUACAUGAACCUGUUUGGAAUUUUUCUCAUGUGGCUCUAAGGGGAAUGCUUUAUUAUGGCUGCUGUUGUCCAACAGAACGACCUCGUAUUUGAAUUUGCUAGUAACGUCAUGGAGGAUGAACGACAGCUUGGUGAUCCAGCUAUUUUUCCUGCUGUAAUUGUGGAACAUGUUCCUGGUGCUGAUAUUCUCAAUAGUUAUGCCGGUCUAGCCUGCGUGGAAGAGCCCAAUGACAUGAUUACUGAGAGUUCACUGGAUGUUGCUGAAGAAGAAAUCAUAGACGACGAUGAUGAUGACAUCACCCUUACAGUUGAAGCUUCUUGUCAUGAUGGGGAUGAAACAAUUGAAACUAUUGAGGCUGCUGAGGCACUCCUCAAUAUGGAUUCUCCUGGCCCUAUGCUGGAUGAAAAACGAAUGAAUAAUAAUAUAUUUAGUUCACCUGAAGAUGACAUGGUUGUUGCCCCAGUCACCCAUGUAUCCGUCACAUUAGAUGGGAUUCCUGAAGUGAUGGAAACACAACAGGUACAAGAAAAAUAUGCAGACUCACCGGGAGCAUCAUCACCAGAACAGCCUAAGAGAAAGAAAGGGAGAAAAACUAAACCACCACGACCAGAUUCCCCAGCCACUACACCAAAUAUAUCUGUAAAGAAGAAAAACAAAGAUGGAAAGGGAAACACAAUUUAUCUUUGGGAGUUUUUACUGGCGCUGCUCCAGGACAAGGCUACUUGUCCUAAAUACAUCAAAUGGACCCAGCGUGAGAAAGGCAUUUUUAAAUUGGUGGAUUCUAAAGCAGUGUCCAGGUUGUGGGGGAAGCACAAAAACAAACCUGAUAUGAAUUAUGAAACCAUGGGAAGAGCACUCAGGUACUAUUACCAAAGGGGUAUUCUGGCAAAAGUGGAAGGUCAGCGCUUGGUGUAUCAGUUUAAAGAAAUGCCAAAAGAUCUUAUAUAUAUAAAUGAUGAGGAUCCAAGUUCCAGCAUAGAGUCUUCAGAUCCAUCACUAUCUUCAACAACCACUUCAAGUAGGAGUCAAGCCAGCCGGUCGAGAGUAUCUUCAAGUCCAGGGGUAAAAGGAGGAGCCACUACAGUUCUAAAACCAGGGAAUUCUAAAGCUGCAAAACCCAAAGAUCCUGUGGAAGUUGCACAGCCAUCAGAAGUUUUGAGGACAGUGCAGCCCACACAGGCUCCGUAUCCUACCCAGCUCUUCCGGACUGUUCAUGUAGUACAGCCAGUACAGGCUGUCCCAGAGGGAGAAGCAGCUAGAACCAGUAACGUGCAGGAUGAAACUAUAAAUUCUUCCGUUCAGAGUAUUAGGACUAUACAGGCUCCAACCCAAGUUCCAGUGGUUGUGUCUCCUAGAAAUCAGCAGUUGCAUACAGUAACACUCCAGACAGUGCCACUGACAACAGUGAUAGCCAGCACAGAUCCAUCAGCAGGUACUGGAUCUCAGAAGUUUAUUUUACAAGCCAUUCCAUCAUCACAGCCCAUGACAGUACUGAAAGAAAAUGUCAUGCUGCAGUCACAAAAGUCAGGCUCUCCUCCUUCAAUUGUCUUGGGCCCUGCCCAGGUACAGCAAGUCCUUACUAGCAAUGUUCAGACCAUUUGCAAUGGAACCGUCAGUAUGGCUUCAUCUCCAUCCUUCAGUGCUACUGCACCUGUGGUGACCUUUUCUCCUCGAAGUUCACAGCUGGUUGCUCACCCACCUGGCACUGUAAUCACUUCAGUUAUCAAAACUCAAGAAACAAAAACUCUUACACAGGAAGUAGAGAAAAAGGAGUCUGAAGAUCAUUUAAAAGAGGACACUGAGAAAACGGAGCAGCAGCCACAGCCUUAUGUGAUGGUAGUGUCCAGUUCUAAUGGAUUUACUUCUCAGGUAGCUAUGAAACAAAAUGAACUGCUGGAACCCAACUCUUUUUAGUUAAUCUACCAAAGCUUAAGAAUAAUUGUUUUUUAAUUGAACAUUUCAGUUGUAUGCAAACUGAUUGAUUCUAAGAUAAAUUCUACUGAGGUUCCUACUUUUAUCAUUGUUAAUUUUGACUUUAGUAGAUGAGGGAGGAAAACUCAAGUGUUUCUGUUAGUUCUCUAAAUGUUUCAGAAUUCAAUCGUGAAGGAACAGGCAUUUUACACUAUGAAGACAUUCUUUUGAGAUCUUUUUUCAGUUAUAUCAUAAGCAUUUUUAAAGUUUCUUUUCUAAUUUUACAUUGUAUUAGGUUUUCUGAUUCUUUUGUAAAUACAGAACUUAAAUAUAAGGCAACAGGAAAUUUAUAUAGGAACUAUUUUCAUUCCACUUUUAUAAGUCUUGACUCUUUCAAAUGCAAAAAACCUAUUUUAUGCUUUGUUAAAAUUAUGAUGUCACUUAGACUGACUUUAGUUUGCUACACUAUGUGAACGAUGAAUAUGUGAAAUGACAUGAAAAAUUGGAGGUGCCGCUGGUAUGACUGACCUGUUGUAGAAGGAGGAUAGUGUCAAAGCAUCAGCCUAUGAAUGGCACUCCCACUAACCAGUUAUGUCACCUUGACCUUUUGGGGCCUUAGUUCUUCUCAUAAAAGGAAGAGAUGUAUUGGACUAGAGUAGACGAUCUCCACUUUCUCUUCUAGUUCUAAUUUUUUAAAUUCUAAUACCUAUAUUUUCAAGUUAUGUCAAUUAAAAAAUCAGGUUAUUUUCUAAUGUAAAAAUAGCUAAAAUGUUGCUGAAAAAUAAGUGGCUGAACAAAAUUUAUUCAUCUGUUUUGGGUAAGAUCAGCCAUAAAUUAUUCCUAAAUAGUUUGUUUACUAACUCUAGACCACUGUGCCAUUUGCAGUUCAUUAGCAAACUUACAUUGCUAAGUGCUAAACAGAAUACUGCUAUUUUGAGAGAGUCAAGGCUCUUAAGGGCCAAGAAAGCAACUUGAGCCUUGGGCUAAUCUGGCUGAGUAGUCAAUUAUAAAAGCAUAAUUGCUUUAUAUGUUGGAUUGUUUUUUUAUUGGGGGUGGAUUUGGGGGGGGUUGCAUACAAAGAUAACAUAUAUAUCCAAGUUUCUGAAAUGAGAUGUUUUUACAUUACUUUUUCAACUGUAGAUAAUGUACAUUUAAUGUCACAAGAAAAAUUGUCUUCUGCAAAUUUUCUAGCAUAACAAAUUUUUGUAGAUGAAAAAAUUAUGUUUAGAGGUCUAAUGUUAUGUUUUCAUAUUACAGAGUGAAUUUGUAUUUAAACAAAAAUUUAAAUUUUGGAAUCCUCUAAACAUUUUUGUAUCUUUAAUUGGUUUAUUAUUAAAUAAAUCAUGUAAAAAUUCUCA